CUAGCAUUCCGACGAUGGAGUCGACCAUCGUUAGGCCUUUGCAGUAGGGAGUUGUUUGGCGGACCUCGCAAGUUUUUCUUUACUUUAUAAUUUUUGUUUCUCUAAAGAAGGGCACAUUCUUCGUUUUUAUCAUCGCUUGCCUCGUUGUUAUCUCAGUGUGUCGACGGACUAUACAAGCAAAGUGUUUUGGACGUGUUACACAACUAGGGAGGCAAAGAAGGAAGGAAGGCAUCGGUGAGUCGGACUGACCACGACUGAGCUUAUGAUGCCGACGUUGCGGGACAGCACCAUGUCCCACCCCGGCGAGAAUUCCCAUCAAGUCCGGGUGAAAGCGUACUACAAAGGGGACAUCAUGAUCACUCAUUUUGAGCCGUCCAUCUCAUUCGAGGGUCUCUACGGGGAGGUGAGGGACAUGUGCUCCAUGGACAAUGACCAACUCUUCACCAUGAAGUGGAUCGACGAGGAAGGUGACCCCUGCACCGUGUCGUCGCAGCUGGAGUUGGAGGAAGCUCUGCGUCUCUACGAGCUCAACAAAGACUCGGAGCUCAUUAUCCACGUGUUCCCAUGUAUACCAGAGAAACCUGGCAUGCCCUGUCCGGGAGAAGACAAAUCAAUAUAUCGGCGAGGAGCCCGGCGCUGGAGGAAGCUUUACUAUGCUGGUGGUCACACCUUUCAGGCCAAGCGAUUUAACAGGCGAGCCCACUGUGCCAUCUGUGCAGACCGUAUCUGGGGUCUGGGAAGACAAGGCUACAAAUGCAUCAACUGCAAACUCCUGGUGCACAAGAAGUGCCAUAAACUGGUCACGAUGGAGUGUGGCAGACCGAUGAUCCAUGAUCCAGGGAUGCCCGGCCCACCGAUUCCAUUAGACUCAAGUGAGCAGCCAGGCCCUCAGAAUAAAGACUCCAGAGAAAGCUUGCCUUACGAUGGAGAAGAGAAAGAGGCGCGGAGCAGUAGAGACACGGGGAAAUCGCCUUCCAGUCUGGGCUUGGCUGACUUCGAUCUGCUGAGGGUGAUCGGCAGAGGCAGCUAUGCCAAGGUGCUGUUGGUGCAGCUGAAGAAGACUGAGCGCAUCUACGCCAUGAAAGUGGUGAAGAAGGAGCUUGUCAAUGACGAUGAGGACAUCGAUUGGGUCCAAACAGAAAAGCACGUUUUUGAGCAGGCCUCCAAUCAUCCCUUCCUCGUUGGCCUCCACUCCUGUUUUCAGACAGAAAGCAGACUGUUCUUUGUUAUUGAAUAUGUGAACGGUGGCGAUCUCAUGUUCCACAUGCAGAGACAAAGGAAACUCCCAGAAGAACAUGCCAGAUUCUACUCAGCGGAGAUCAGCCUGGCGCUCAACUACCUCCACGAGCGGGGAAUCAUCUACAGAGAUCUGAAACUGGACAACGUGCUGCUGGACUCUGAGGGACACAUCAAACUUACAGACUACGGCAUGUGCAAGGAGGGCUUGAGACCAGGCGAUACAACGAGCACUUUCUGUGGUACCCCCAAUUACAUCGCCCCCGAAAUACUCAGAGGAGAGGAUUACGGGUUCAGUGUGGAUUGGUGGGCGCUGGGUGUGCUGAUGUUUGAAAUGAUGGCGGGCCGGUCGCCCUUUGACAUCGUCGGGAGCUCUGACAACCCAGACCAGAACACUGAAGACUACCUCUUCCAAGUUAUAUUGGAAAAACAGAUCAGAAUCCCCCGCUCGUUGUCAGUCAAAGCCGCCAGCGUCCUCAAGGGGUUCCUCAACAAGGAUGCCAAGGAGCGUCUAGGCUGCCACCCUCAGACGGGCUUUGCAGACAUCAUGGGCCAUCCAUUCUUCCGAAAUGUCGACUGGGACCAUCUGGAGCAGAAGCAGGUGGUCCCUCCUUUCAAACCCAACAUCUCAGGGGAGUUCGGACUGGACAACUUUGACGCCCAGUUCACCAACGAGCCCAUCCAGCUCACGCCUGAUGAUGAUGAUGUGGUCAAGAAGAUCGACCAGUCUGAGUUUGAAGGGUUUGAGUACAUCAACCCACUCCUGAUGUCGGCAGAGGAGUGUGUGUGAGGGACACGACGUCUGUGCUCUCACACACCACCCACACACACACACACACACACACACUCAUGCACGCGUUAUGUGGCGUGUCAGUGUCUUCAGGCUGCAUGGUUACGAGACAACCUGACGACAUCAACCUUCUGUUCGAGGGCUGCACAUGCACAGUAGAACGCUUAUUUGCCAAAACCAGUCUCACACUCAGCCAUUUAUAACCACUUGCCCUUAAGCCUACCUUCUUUCUUAAUUAUUUUUAUAUCAUGUAAAUCUGCACUGAUAUCAGUUUUCUCAUCGGGGCGUCUUUAUCGGUAGCCAGCGAGGCUACAAAGUUCUUCCAAGGUUGCUGUAUACAGGGGUCGGCAGGGGGGUCACGGCCCCUGACAGAUGAACUGAACAUCCCCUCCUUCCAGCUGGUGGGUUGUUUUUAAUGCAUAUAUAUAUAUAUAUAUAUAUAUAUAUAUGAAUCUACUGUUGAGGAUACAUGUUAGACAAGGCCUUUUUAGCUUAAAGCCACAGUCGGACAUUAACUGACAACUUAAUCAUUAUAAAAAGUCAUUUCGAAUUUGGCUUUGUGGAAACACCCCUUCUGUAGAGGAGAACGAGAAUCAUAACACUAGCCUUUUAAAGAAAAGAUUAAAAAAAAGAAAAAAAUCUAUAUACUUUUCUCACUUUUUAAUUUAACAUGUCAGUCAUUAUAUAUGUUGGUCUGAGUGAUAAAUGUCCUGCCUGAAUAACAGAACCAAAAAAGGGUUCAGGCUUUGUGGCUUAGAUAAAUGCACAACAUCUGGAAAACACAAGGUGUCUGCUUCAAGUAGUUUCUCCCAGACGAAGGAACGUACACAGUCGCAUCCAACCAACACUAAUAAUGAGUUAAAACUCUCAAACUGUGAAUGAAAGAGCUUGCUAUGCAGGGAAAUGGGCUGGAAGAGGAGCACAUAAUACCUGAAUGCUGGAGCACAGAUGAACGUUUUGCUGUGCAGACCAUGAAAUAUACAUUCACACAGGACCAAAACAAAUGUCUUUCUGAAAUGUCUUGCUGGUACGUAUUAGAAGGUACAGGAUACAUAAGGAAGAUGCACUGUCCUAAGUCAUAGAAUUUAUAUAUUCAGAAUUUUUUUUGCUUAUUUUUAAUACUACGCCUUUCUGAAACAUAUGGUCUGUUAUCUUUUUUGUUGUUUUUUGUACUUUCUCCAUUCCAUGUAUGUCUUUCGUUAUAAAUCAAAACUAAGUAAUUGUUGAAAGGAGAGCUUGGUUAGAAGUCCAAAGCUGUGACACAGUGCAGUUUUAAAAUGUGGCUUUAAAACUGUAAACUCUGCCGUGCUCCAUUUUUACCAUGUCGAUAUCACAGGUCAUUUUCUGAAUUAGGUAUUUUGUAAAGGUGCUUUAAAGCAUAUGAAAGCUCUGGAGAGCCGCUCUCUUCCCCCUGACUGUAACGACACUAAGUGAUGGUGCAUGAACCUCCAGAUUCUCGUCCAAUUAAAGCUUCUCUCUACUUGGAAAAUGUUUUGGGCUCACGAAGUGCCCGGAGGAACACAUUCAUCUGUUACACAUGUUACUUUUUGCUUUAUUGUUACUUUUUUGUGAAUCAGAUUUUAUUUUGAAUUUUUUUAUCACUACAUCAAUUCCAAAAUGUUACUGGGUAAACCCAAUGGAAACACUAUUUGUUGUACUUGUGCUUUGGGGGUGUUUACCACCCAGAGGUCUCUGCUGACAUUUAUUAUUAGUGUGCAAAGAAAAAACACAGAUGGUAAAAUAAACCUUUUAUUUCUCUCCUUGUGGUAAUA